CCUCCUCCUCCUCCUCCUCCUCCCUCCUCCCUCCUCCCUGCUUACUGCUCAUCCCCAUCUCCCCCCCCCCGCAAUCCGAUGUCUUCCUCCCCCCGGCGUGGAGCAGGGCGGGGCGGGCGCUGUCUCUCUUUCCCUCGGCGCGUGCUCCCAAAACGGGCGGCCCCGAGGUUCAGCGAGAGGCUGCUGGGCCAGUUCCUGGACCAGAACUUCGGCAACGCCUACGGGGUCCUGCUCGGGGUGGGGGAGGGCCGCCUGGCGCUGGAGCUGCUGAACACCUGGCCGCGCGGCGUGCUCUUCCUGGUGGACCCCUACAUCCACCUGCGCAGGGGCUUCGACCGCCCGGGGAACCUGCAGGACGACGAGCACCAGCGGCAGUACGACGGCUUGAGGACGCUUCUGCACGACCGGCGCGACGUGCAGGGGCGAUACUCGUUCGUGCGGGAGUUUUCCUUCGCCCUGCCGAAGGUCUGGCGGGAGAAGCAGUGGGGCCCUGAGCCGCGGUUCGUCUACCACGACGCGAACCCGUCGUACGCCGCCGUGCGCCACGACCUGCGGGCGUGGUGGCCGCUGCUGGCCGACGGCGGCGUGCUCGCCGGGGCGAACUACAGCACCCUGGGGGACGGCUCGGCGGUCGGCGUGCGGAGGGCCGUGGACGAGUUCGCGGAGGAGCGGGGCCUGCAGGUUUUCGUGACCAGCGACCCGGCGGAGCCCUCUUGGAUCUUGCUGAAGGAGGAGGGCGCGGAUGCGCGCCGCCCGGGGUGACUCGACGCGCGGGCGCAGCCUGCGCUCUGCCGCGCAGGCCAGCGCGCGUCUUGCGUUUGGUGACAGGCUUUCGUGGACCAUCUCGCAAAAGCAAAGGCAGAACGAAGACAGAUCGAAGGAAAGCGAAAACAAACC